UUCUUUGCACACGCCCACCGCCCAUGCAGCCUCCCCAAACGCUUCGCCCGUGUACAUUGAUGCGUAGAGGAAGGGGAGGAGGAGGUCAGCUCUUUUUCUGCGUCCCGGCGUACCGAGAGCUGCCGUUUCAUUUCACCACCGCCUCCGAGCAGCUCAGUCCUUUCUCUCUUUAGCCUGAUCGUGGAGUCCACGCCGGAGUCCUUAAGAGAGAAGUUUAAACUCCAGCUGCUGCUCAGGAGACUGCGGAUCCGGGGUUACGCCGUCCCACACCUCCACGUCGCUGUCUUUAGUUGAAGGGUAUUUUUUUUUUUUUUGGAGGGUGCCGUCGACUUCAGUUAAAGUUUUUUCCGUGUACCAAGAGGACAGCGAAGCCCACCCGGCAGCAUGACUCGGAGAUCCUGUGCCAUUUACGCCACCGGCAUCGUCUGCGCUCACCUCCUGAUAGUGGGAAUCGCCCUGGUCGUGGCUCAAGUCUUCCAAACAAUGAUCCACAGCCGCUUAAAAAAGGAAAUUACUUUAACAGAGAAGAGCCAAGUGUUCGAGUCAUGGAAGAAUCCACCUCCACCUGUUUAUAUGGAGUAUUACUUCUUCAAUGUGACCAAUCCAGAGGUGUUCUUGGCAGGUGGGAAGGCGUCUGUUAAACAGAUUGGACCUUAUACUUACAGGGAAUACAGGCCACGGGAAAAUGUAACUUUUUUGGAGAAUGGCACCAAGGUUUACGCCUUGAACCCCAAAUCUUUUGUCUUUGUGCCUGAGAAGUCUGCUGGAGACCCCCAGGUUGACAUCAUCAGGACUGUCAACAUCCCGUAUGUGGCGGUGAUGAACGAGCUGAACUCCUACUCCUUCUUCCUGCGAACUUUUGUUUCCAUGUACAUGAACAGCUUGGGCAUUGAAAUGUUCAUGACCCGCACCGUGCACGAGGUUCUGUGGGGCUUUAAAGACCCUCUUCUCACAAAGAUCCACUCCAUGAAGCCUGAGGUGGACGAAUAUUUUGGGCUGAUGUGGAAGAAAAACGGCACCCAUGAAGGAGAGUUUGUGUUCCACACCGGUGAGCAGAACUACUUGGAUUAUGGGAAGAUUGACACGUGGAACGGCCUGAGGAAAAUGUCGUGGUGGUCAUCCAAUCAGAGCAACAUGAUCAACGGCACCGAUGGCGCGGUCUUCCACCCGCUCAUAAACAGGAACGAGCUGCUCUACAUCUUCGCCGCAGAUCUCUGCAGGUCUAUUCAUUUAGCCUACGUCAAAGACGUGGAGGUGAAAGGGAUCCAAGCUUACCGCUUUGCACCCCCUAGUGAUGUCCUCAUGAGCCCCAAAAACAACCCCACCAACGAGGGCUUCUGUGUGCCAGCUGGAGACUGUCUCGGCACCGGGGUGCUUAAAGUCAGCGUUUGUCGAGAAGGCGCUCCCAUUGUGGUGUCCUUCCCACACUUUUAUCAAGCUGACCCUGAGUACAUCAAUGCCAUCGAUGGCCUUAAUCCCAACAAGGAGGAGCACGAGACGUAUCUUGACCUGCAGCCGACAACAGGAGUUCCCAUUCGUGCCUGUAAGAGAGCUCAGCUCAACAUUAUUCUGAAGAGAGUCCAGGGCUUUCCUAAAACAAAGAACAUCAGCGAGACCAUUUUCCCCAUCAUGUUCGUCAAUGAGACGGCGACAAUUGAUGAUGACUCAGCGGCCCAGAUGAGGUCACUGCUCCUCAUCGUGACUCUGGUGUCCAACUUCCCCGUGUUCAUCGUGGGCUUGGGCAUCAUCCUGCUGCUGGUGCUCAUCGUCUUGUUCUGCCGAAACCGCCAGAAGAAGAAUGAAGUAAAACGUAUUGAUUUUACUGAAGCUUUUCAUUCUUUUGCUACGGCGAAAGAUGACACGGCCUACACUCCGGUGAGCGACAAAACGGACGAUGUGUCAGAGACGCCGGCCAACCAGCCGGCGAAGAACGGCUCCUACAUUGCCAUGUCUCCAGUGGAGGCCCAGAAGUGUUGAUCGAGGAUCCCCUCAGGAAGGGGGCCGAGGAAGCGACA